AUUUUCCCUUACUUUUGUGAGUAUGAAACUUGUAGAUAAAGUAGUGUUAUUUGUGUUUGGGGCAGUUCUCGUUGCAUACAUUGUAUACGUUUAUGAUAAGAAAGCCAAACUUGGAAGUAAGCAGUCGCUGAGAGUCCCGUUACUUAAAGACAAACUAAUAUGGAAACCACAGGAUGUAGUGUUGAAAAAAGCUGUCGAUGCUCUCAAAGCCCAAAGUCCGAAAAAGCCAAAUAUUUCUAAGGCUCUGGUUCUGAGGAAGCCUGCUCCGCAAUCCUUUUUGUCUGAUAAGAUAUUACAAGAUGGAUUGAAGAUCAGCUUUAUAAGAAAUAAAUUACAAGUGAAUAUUGUAGAAGAAAAUGAAAAAGCACUGGUUUACUGGCUAUCAAUGGCUAAGUAUAAGAUGAUACAGACAACCGGAAAUACCCUGAUAUUAUUCAGCAACCAAUUAGAUAUGUCUGUUCCUCCUUAUUUUCAACGUUUUCCCUUCCAUAGAGUACCACAGAACGACAAGGAAAUGCUUUAUGUAUUGCAGAGUGGAGGAACAUUUCUCAUGAAAGCUAUUUUAACUGGAAUUAUCAAAAGAAUAAUUUGGAUACGACCCUCGUGGGUUAAAACAUCGUCCUCGGCAGAAUAUACAAAACAAAUGAUGGGAAUCGGAAUGGUCAAAACGAAAACUAGGAUAAGUUACUGUACUUGUCAAUCAAAUAAAUGCAUAAUUCAAGGAUCUAAAAAGGCCACCACACAAUGCCACCUGAAAAUAAAUGUGCUUGUUGAAAAUUUGAAGGAGACCUCGUAUCGGAAAAAAUCAAUGGAGAAAAAUUGGUUGCCACAAGCAGAUAUCUUAUUGCACAUUGAUGGCACAUAUUUUGGAUACAUCUCACCAUCUGCGAUGUUGUCUAAGAUGAUCCCAGAUGGUAAAGUUCUUGAGAAAAUUGAUAAUUUAUCAAAGAAGUUAUUCUGUCCCAAAUCAAUUCCGGACGAAAUAUACCUAGAUCGACUUAUGUUGAAGGCCAUUGAAUAUUCUUUAAUAGAAAAGGAAUGUGCAAAGAAUAAUACUAAAAAGAUUAAAACUGGGCCGUUCGCAAAAUGUGUUGGUGUUAGAAAGAAUGAUUUCAAAAUGGAUGAAGAAAUUUAUAAAUUUCUGAAGCGUAAACUAGUCGACAGUGAGAUUCCGUAUUUAUGCUCAAAAUACUCACACUUUGUUGAUUUUCUAAUCAAAGAAAUUUCGACAAGUCUAACUCAGAGGAGAAUACCACAACUAGGAAUUCUAAAGCUUAUUGGAUUUUGUUUAUCGACUACCGUUAAAGCGCCAGGACGUUUUGGUCUUUGCAAAGGAUCAAAGGCUUUUGGACAAACCACGAAAUUUAUACCGUCCCACAAACCAACAAUGAAAGAGAUAAAAGCUAAAAUUGACUUAUUACGUCCUUUUUUAAAAAGUCUUCCCGCAAAAAGUGUGAAGACAAUUACGUUCUGUCGAAAUGUAAGACAUGGAUAUGCACCACGUUUAUUCUUACCUCUUAUUGAAACAAGUCUGCUCAAAUCAUUUAAUUCAUCUUUCCCUCGUUUUACAUUAAACUAUGACAGACAUAUAUUAGGACACAAAGAGGGUUGGUAUUACCGAACUUAUCUAAAGGACACAUUAUAAUGUUUUAGGUAACUGGAAUAAACUUAUCUAAAGGACACAUUAUAAUGUUUUAGGUAACUGGAAUAAAAUUAUCUAAAGGACACAUUAUAAUGUUUUAGGUAACUGGAAUAAACAAUGUAUACUUAUGUGACACACGAAUUAUAUUGUCUUGAAUGGUUUGGUGAAAGAAGUGGAGUUUUGAUAUUGCAUAAGUGAAUUUUCACUUUGAAUCAGUGCUUUAACGCGUUAGAGAAUACAGCUUGUGUCAUUGAUUUUCACCCCAAUUUCUUUAACCUUGUUUGUUAUCUGUUAAAACUUUGAAAAAUAAGGUGUUUCAUUAUAGAGUUUCAGCUGUUGCUGACAGGCAUUCUUGAUUAAUCAGCAGCGAGUAAUCACAUUAGGCCUUGAUUAAUCAGCAGCGAGCAAUCACAUUAGGCCAUGAUUAAUCAGCAGCGAGUAAUCACAUUAGGCCUUUGAAGAGAUUUUU